AACGCGCAAUUCGCAAAACGUAAACAAAGGCCAUGGAGGAAAAACAAUCCAAGCCGGAAAACCCGGAGCAAAAAAGCGAAGUCAAAACUUCUAGCCUUCCCAGGCAAGUCAAACUGAAGGCCCAAAGGCAGCUAAACAAGAUGGGCUACUCGCAGCAAGUUCUGUUGGAGGCAUCCAAAUACAAUAACCAGGACUAUACAAACGCUGUUUUCCAAUACAUGUCCACCACAAUGGAUAGGGGCAUGGAAAUGGUGAAAAAUUGUGACUCUGUCAGUCUGAACAACAUCACCCAGUGGCUGGAACUGAUGAAGGGUGCCCAACUAUCUGAUCUCUGCGAAUUCGAGGCAGCUGCGGCUGUAAAUUCCAUCAUCCAGAAUGAGAGAAAACCAGAUCCAAAAGACCUUGAUGGCAUCGACUUGAAUGAAGCCUAUAAGUUUGUGGAAAAUGCGCUGAUGGGUCAGCCCCAAAAGAAGCUGAGUGAUGCCACCAAGGAAUUUCUGUCGAAAGAAAUUGAGCUCCUUAUAGAGGAGGCCAAUACCGACGACUCAGAUGAUAUGGCCCGCAGCAUGGGACAGUGCCUAUAUAACCAUCAGAUUUUGGACUAUAUGGAUCAGCCCCAUAAAUGCAGCCUGGACCCACUUUUCCUGGACGAAAAUCUUACAUAGAGGAUAGACAAAUAUACAUAGUGCAGUUCAGAUGGGCAGAAAGUAAAAUGGCAAGUCAAGUAGUACAGAACGUUCACAAUGCCAUGGAAAACGUCAAUUCCAAAACAUUUAGGAACACCACAAAUAUUUUACAGAUGCAAGAGUAAAAAAAAACUGAAAAAAUUGCAUGCGCAUGCAUUUCAACGGGCUUUGUAUAUUAUUUCUUCAUUUUGUUUUCCUAGAAAAACUACAGAAAAAGCUUCUGUUUCACCUAUAUUUCAGCAUAUGGUUAAUUAUUUAGUCCAAUGGAAA